UCCGGCCCGAGGGCUCGAAGGCUCCACGAAUAAGCGAAACCAAACUAAACAAGUUCAGCGACGCUUCGGGAAACAACGCGCUUGGAAAUACUCCUGGUGGAACGCGCAUCUCGCACUUCAAAGAACGCACAUUCAAAUCAACGACGGUGUUGCUACUAUCAACCAAUCUGCAUCCAGUGCCAACGGAUCAAUCUCUGUGUGUGUUUGUUUGUGUGCGACCGUAUUUCUGUUUAAUCCUGUGCCCGUGUUGUUGCCCCGGUGGUUUCCCCGUAUUCCACAGGCUAGAAAAGCCAUUUUUGUUUCAUUCAUUUUGUGUCUGUUGCAUUGUCGCGGAGUACGGCAGCAUAGUUUCAUCAUGAGUAUGCCCGAUGUUAUCGACGUUCGCGCUGAGCUGAAUAGCGAGCACGUACUGGACGACUGCGGUAACAGUGACCAUCUUGCACACGACGUGAACGAUGCCCUCGGUUCGCGAAAGGGCCACGAACUGUUUGACCAUCGCAUCAAGGCCCGGAUGCCCGUCGAGCGGUACGCGUCCGACUACAACAUGAACCACAAACGACGCGGGCUGGCGUUGAUUUUCAACCAUGAAAACUUCGACGUUCCCCAGCUGAAGGCUCGCGCGGGUACGAACGUGGACUGCGAAAAUCUGACCGCCACGCUCAAGGGCCUAGACUUUGAGGUGCACGUGUACAAGGACCUGAAGCUUCGCGAUCUACAGAAGGAGGUCGAACGCGUGUCGCAGAUGGAUCACACGGAUGCCGACUGCAUACUGGUGACGAUCUUAUCGCACGGCGAGCUCGGCUACCUGUACGCAAAGGACUGCCAAUACAAGCUGGACGUCGUGUGGUCGUUCUUCACGGCCAACCACUGUCCCACUUUGGCCGGCAAACCGAAGCUGUUCUUCAUACAGGCCUGCCAGGGUGAUCAGCUGGACGGUGGUGUGCUGCUCUCGUCCAAGGAUCGCACCGAAACGGACAGCUCGUCCUCGAUGACGUUCAAAAUACCGACGCACGCCGACUUCCUGAUCGCGUACUCCACCAUACCCGGGUUCUACUCGUGGCGCAACACACAGAAGGGUUCCUGGUUUAUGCAGUCGCUGUGCCACGAGCUGAACCAGCACGGACGUAAGUACGAUCUGCUGACGCUGCUCACGUUCGUAACGCAGCGCGUGGCGUACGAUUUCGAAUCGAACACGCCGGACAUACCGAUGAUGCAUCAGCAGAAGCAGAUUCCGUGCACCACCACCAUGCUAACCCGUUUGCUGCGCUUCGGGGAGAAGAAAUCGUUCUAAGCGCAUCGCGCUAUCGCUCGCAGCAUCCACGGACGGAAAUAUCAUAACUACACGACGAUCAUGGUGCAGAGAGAGAGAUAGAGAGAGGAAAAGGAAAGCUGCCAUGUCUAUUAAAAAAGCAUAUUUUUUACAUUUUUUUUUUCUCCAUCAUUUAAUUCCACGUAUCUUUAGGAGUAUUAGAUUUACCAUUCCCGAUGCGGCUCGAUUUGCCUAGGUGUGCAAAAAGCUUUGCCGGAUAGUGAAGGGAGCGCAGCAGCAGCAGCAUCUAUGUCUGCAUCUUUCGAAUGUGAAAAUGUCUUUAAUAUGUUACGAAAACCCUAAUAGCAUUGUCUCUCAUUGGGAUGCUGCCAUUUUCAUCCCUUUUUGAGCGUGGGAUUGUUCCGACAUUUCCAUCCACUUUAGAUGCUCCGUGUGCUAUGAUUUUCUAUAAGUUUUAUAAGCUCACCCACCACCCACCAAUGGCCUUUUCAAAUCAAAUUGAUCUCCAAAAGCAAAAAAAAAAAAGCAAACGUAACGUAACUGUGUGUUUCUCUGAUGCGCAUGAAAACACUUCGAAUACUUUAAUCAUUUUCCAACGAGCUAGUAAUUUAAGUGCUUUCUGUUUUGUUAGACCAAUUUCCACAAAACAAAGACAAAAUUCGUUUUUCGUACGUUUUAUUAAGAAUAGCUACUUAGUUCAAUUAAAAAAACAAAAAAAAACGGGAGAAGCAUAUUAAAAGCGUAAUGUGCGUUGGCAAACACACAAUCGAAUCAAAUCGUUCGGAAUGCGGCACCGAUGUGAUAAUUAAUUGGGUUCCCUUUUAGCUACCGAAGACAAUUUUAACCUCUGCCUGUAAACAAAUAAAAAACACCCCCCCAAAAAAAGAAAUGUUUAGGAAGGGCAAAAGAAAAGCUUAAAAAUCGGUUUUGUAAGAAACAGAAACAAAAAGCAGACAAAGAAUGUAAUAAAAAGCAACACAACACUGCACUUGAAAAAUGAAAGGUGAUAAAAAGAGGGUGAAAAAGAAAAGACAAACAAAAACAAAAAGCAAACAAACACGCGAACAUAUAUACAUAUUUACGCUAUUUACACCGUUUAUAGGUAGGUUAGGCAGACGUUGGGAAACGAUUCUAAGCGCGAUUUAGGGAAUAAAAAUGACGCUCUUACCUCAC